AUGUUUUGCCCUUGAUCACCAUGUCUGGAUCUGAGCGCCAUCAAGGGCACCCGCAAUAAGCAAGGGGAGUUGGCAUACUUCAUUCAGUUGAAUAUUACAAUACCCUUAUGCAGUGAAUGUCAUGACUCCCACUUUAAAGAUGGAAAUAAGUUCCUGGUGUUAUUACAAGUAGUCAGUAAACAAUCUAUGAUAAGAAUACAGGAGAGUUUUGUUUAUACCAGACUGAGCACUCUAGCCCAGGAGAUAGCCUCUCAGUUAGUUCUGAGGAACUUCUUCAGAGAAGCAGGGUUUUCAGUACAGUUUUAGUCUUGUCAGAACAAAGACCAUCAAACAUGAAAGGCGUACAUUCCUUCAAGGUUUCAAGAAAGAAAGAUUAGCACUUAUCCAGUCAGUAUGGUUGUGGCACCUGGGAAGGGAGCCCUAGCAUCAAAGAAGUACAAGCAUUGGCACCCUAGGAAAGUAAGCCUUUAUCUCUAUCUUCAAAAUGGAUAUUCUUUACUCUUGGACAAUGCACCCUUUUCUUUAAUGGUUAGAGCAAAUGCACAGUGUGUGUGUAUGAUAGGCCACAGGACAUGCUGUUCUAGUCAGCAUAAAGUUCAAACCAAUUCAAGUAUAAGCCAGAAUAACUUUCUCAUACCUAGAUAUAUGAAUAUCUCUUCCAUCAUUAGAUACGCACUAAGACCAAGACUACACAGUUAAUAAGGGGCAGAGUCAGGAUUUCCCCCAGAUUGAAGUCCAAUACUCACAUGUCCCCUCAUAUUCCCCCUUUGAAGCUGAUCAGAAGAGGUAUGUGUGCUGCAUGUAAGACAAAUGGAAGAGAAGAGAGGCAAAAGAUGGGAUGUGAUGAUGAAAAUGUAGAAAAAAAUGGAAAUUCUGUGAAACUAAUGAAAUGAAAUCUAAAGAAUGUGAAAUAAUCUGCUUAAUCUAAAUAGUUUUAAAGAUAAAGGAAACUGAGAGUUUACUAGACCUGGCUAAAGAAAAUAACCAAUAGAGCCAAUAAAAUAUUAGACUACCAAUGGCAAACUUGUUUGAUAAAAAGAGACAUCCCAUUGAAAACAGUCUCCUAGAAUCAGGGGAAGCAGGUGAAGGAGAGAUGCCAUGACACAACCCACAGCAGUGGUCAGGCUGCCCUUGGGUGGGCACUUGGCCUUGAUGCCUCCCCCCAUGGUGUGGCAGCAGGCAAGCUCCCCAAUCACUCUGCUCGCUCUAGUGUCCACUCCCACCAACAUGGCUGCUGGGAUUCCCAGACUCUUUAAGGUUUUCUAUGCUUGAAAUUACGGUAUUUGUGCACAGAGAUAAUUAUACCUCUUCCUUUACAGUUUGGAUGAUUUUAUUCUUUUUCUUGCCUAAUUGCUCUGCCUAGGACUAUAUAUGUUACUAUGCUGAACAGAAAUGGCGAGAAUGGGAAUCCUUGCCUCUUCCUGAUCUUAGCGGAAAAUCUUUCAGUCUUUCACCACUGAUUAUGAGAUUAGCAGUAGGUAUUUCAUGUACGGCCUUCCAAUGCUGAGUUAGUUUCAAUCUAUAUUUUGUUAAUUCAGUUAGUGUUCUUUAUCAUGAAAAUGUGCUGGAUAUUAUCAUAUACUUUUUCUAUAUGCAAAAUUAUGAUCACGUGGGUUUUUCCCUUCAUUCCCCAAAUGUGAUAAUAUAUUAAUUCAUUUUCAAAUUUUGAACUACCUUUGCAUAUCCAGAGUAAAUCCAUGAGGGUCCUGUUGUAUAAUCCUUUUAAGAUGUUUUGAAUUCAUUUUGCUACUAGUUAGUUGAGGAACGUUGCAACUUACAUUUCAUAAUUGACAUUAGUCUUUAGUUUUACUUCCUUGCAGUAUUUUCCUUGCUUUAGCAUUAAGUUAAUGCUGGCCUGAGUGACUGCAUUUGGAAGUCUUCCAUCCUCUUCAAUUUUCUGGAAGCGUAUAGGGAGAAUUGGCGAUAAUUCUUUGAAUCUUUGGUAGAAGUCACUAGUGAAGCCAUCAAGACACAGGCUUUGCUUUUCUGUGCACAUUGCAUUUAAUGACUUGCUUUAUUCAUUCCUUUAUGAAUCGUGGAUUCUUACCAGGCACAGAUGGCACAUCAUUGAUCUUGUCACAUUCUGCAGAACUCAGUACAGUUUCUGAAAUAUACAUGAUAAUCUAAAAAGUAUUGUUUGAAUGAGUGAAUAAAGGUGAGCUAGCCUUACGAAAUCACACAGUUGCAAGUUCCAAUAAGCCGAAAACAAGAGCAGUCAUUUUAAUAGAAGGAGUAAGUAAUAGAUCCUUGUCAAAACUUAGAAAAAGCCCAAGCACUUUCAAUUUUCUACAACAAUAUAAAAAUAUUUGGGCUUUGCCUCAGGUGUUCCUUAUAGAUGGGAUAGUUUCUCCUACUCACAUUCUUUUCAGGAUCUCAGAAGUUCUGCACUUAAAAUCAGCAGUUUUCUUGAAAAAGAACUGAGUGAAGAGGAUCUGGAUGCUCUUGUGAAUCAGGCUAUAUUUCAGAACAUGAUCUGCUAGGUAAUUAUGAUCGUGUUCUAAGAUAUGAAGUUGGAAUAGGAAUGAACAAGGGACAUUUCAGGUGCAAAGGUGAUCAUCAGUGGGUUAAAGAGGCAAAAGUAUUGAGAAUUGCCUUGGGUUCUUGGCACUUAGACUGAGCAAGGAAUGGCCUGUAACAUGUCUCCAGGUAUAAGCACUUGAGCCCUAGAGAAAACAGAACAGAACUUCGGUACACAGAGUGACAUUCAAGCCUGACUAGGGGAGCCCUGCCUGGGGUUGCUAUGGAGACAGGACGCUGUGAGACUUGGAGAGCAGCUAGGAACUAGGAAAUCAUCUAACAGACCUAAACAAAGCCACAGCCCUGUGUUGUCUCCUUUCAUAUCUGCAUGCCCCCUUCAUCCAGAACUUUUUUCCUCUUGAUUUCUCCCAUGGAAGACUCAACCCCCUUGAAGCAAGAAAAAGAAAACCGAGAACUUAGGGAAGAAGGGCAACUGUGGGAAGAAAUGCUAACAACUUUGUCCCAAGAUCCUGAGCCUGGGUUAUCUGAGACCCCAAAGUUGGAGCAGGGGAUGGAAACUAGAUUCCAGCCCAGGAGUAGCCCUUCUGGGAGCCCCCAGUCUGGAGCCAGAACGCCUAUGGAUGACCUUGCAGGACCACGUGCAUCAUCUCCACCCUCCUCAUCUCAGGAGCCCUCUGCCAUUCCUUCUCUCUCGGCUCUGGCCAGGCAGGACCUAAUGGCAACAUGGCAGUCAGACAAGACCACUAGUGUGACUUCUGAAUAUGGGACACCUCACAUUGACCAUUUGGAACAAUCAUCUGAUAAAGAAAAAUCAAUUUCUUAUCAAACAAGUCAUUCAGAGGGAAACACCUUUCAACAAUCUCAGCAAACCAAAUGUCACCUGUAUGGAUGGAGGGAUGUGAGCUAUAACAACUCUAAUCAGAAAGAGCUGAGAUUUGACAUUUUUCAGGAAGAAGACUCAAACAGUAUCCAUGAUCUGGACCAGCCUGAGUCUGGGGCUUCUGAAGUGGCCCCUAGCAUGCUUGAGAUUGCCAUUCAGAAUGCCAAGGCUUACCUACUAAAGACCAGCAGCAAGUCAGGCCUAAAUCUAUAUGAUCAUCUUUCUGCAAUGCUGACCAAUGUCUUAGAUAAGCGUCCUGAAAAUGCUGUGGACAUCAUUGAAAAUAUCAGCCAAGAUGCGAAGAUGGAACACUUCAGUAAAAAAUUGGAUACACUCCAAAAUGAGAAUGAGAUGCUUCCAACCUAUGAAAUAGCAGAGAAGCAAAAAGCUCUUUUUCUCCAGGGAAAUUUAGAAGGAGCUGACCAAGAACUGGAAGAUGAAAUAGCAGAACACUCUCUUCCAAAUGUAAUGGAGUCAGCUUUUUAUUUUGAACAAGCUGGAGUUGGUUUGGGCACGGAUGAGACUUACCGCAUAUUUCUUGCCCUCAAGCAGCUUACUGACACCCACCCAAUCCAAAAAUGUCGUUUCUGGGGCAAGAUCUUAGGUCUGGAAAUGAACUAUAUUGUAGCUGAAGUGGAAUUUCGUGAGGGAGAAGAUGAAGAAGAGGUGGAAGAGGAAGAUGCACCUGAAGAGAGGGACAAUGGAGAGCAUGAAGCUGAUGAAGAUGAUGAAGAUGAAUUACCAAGGUCCUUUUACAAGGCCCCACAGGCUAUUCCAAAAGAGGAAAGCAGAACAGGUGCCAACAAAUAUGCCUAUUUUGUUUGCAAUGAACCAGGAAGACCAUGGGUGAAGUUACCAGCAGUUACACCUGCACAAAUUGUUAUUGCAAGAAAAAUCAAGAAAUUUUUCACUGGGCGACUGGAUGCCCCCAUCAUAAGCUACCCACCCUUCCCAGGAAAUGAGAGUAAUUACUUACGAGCACAAAUUGCCAGAAUUUCAGCAGGGACUCAUGUCAGCCCUCUAGGAUUCUAUCAUUUUGGUGAAGAAGAAGAAGAGGAGGAAGAAAUAGAAGGUGGGAGAGAUAGCUAUGAAGAAAACCCUGAUUUUGAAGGCAUCCAAGUGAUUGAUCUAGUGGAAUCCCUCUCCAAUUGGGUUCAUCACAUACAACAUAUACUCCCUCAGGGUCGCUGUAAUUGGUUCAACCCCAUACCAAAAAGUGAGGAGGAAGAAGAAGAAGAUGAAGAAGAAAAGGAAGAAAAAGGAGAAGAGCCUGACUAUAUAGAACAGGAAGUGGGACCUCCUCUCUUGACACCAAUCUCUGAAGAUUUAGAGAUCCAAAAUAUACCGCCUUGGACAACACGGUUAUCCUCAAAUCUAAUUCCUCAAUAUGCUAUUGCAGUCCUUAGAUCCAACCUUUGGCCUGGAGCAUAUGCCUUUUCCAAUGGCAAAAAGUUUGAAAACCUCUACAUAGGGUGGGGUCAUAAAUACAGUCCAGACAGCUAUACACCUCCAGUUCCACCACCAGUUUAUCAAGAGUAUCCUAGUGGACCAGAAAUUACAGAAAUGGAUGACCCUAGUGUGGAAGAGGAGCAGGCUUUCAGGGCUGCACAAGAAGUAGCUGUAAACCUCACCGAAGAAAAUGAAGAAACUGAGGAGGAUGAAGAUGAGGAAGAUGAUUAUGACCAAUAAAAAUAAAAUUAGUUCAGUCUUAUGUGAGAGACUGAUAUACACAACAUCUUAUUUGAAAGUGAUUUUAUAUACAUACAUGUGACAACUAUUCAUGCACAAAAUACCAUUCCUUGAAAACAUAAAAUUUGAA